GAAGUGACAGGUGAGAAUUGGUUGACGCGGAAGUGACAGCAAAUAAACAAAACUUUGAGGAUGUUUCCUGGCAAGAGUCGCUUGGGAGUGAAGAGUGUAUAGAUAUUCAUCCAGGAGAGUUAAAAACGUUUCUUAUUCCUUCAGGCUUUGCUUAACCGUCGCUCCAGCACCCGAUGGCCUCCGCUAACCUACAAAAAGCUGUUGAUCUGGCCAGCAAAGCUUCAAUAGAAGACAAAGCCAAGAACUACGAGGAGGCUCUGAGAUGUUAUCAGCAUGCAGUGGAAUACUUUCUUCAUGUUGUCAAAUAUGAAGCAAUGGGCGAAAGAGCAAAGCAGUCCAUCAGGGCCAAGUGUCUCGACUACCUGGACAGAGCGGAACAGUUGAAGGAUUAUCUGAAGAAGAAGGAGAACAGUCCUCCAGCCAAACCUGUGAAAGUGUCUGGUGACAAAGGGAGUGAAAGCGAUGAAGGGGAAGACUCAGAGAAAAAAAAGUUCCAAAAUCAACUCUCAGGUGCCAUUGUUAUGGAAAAGCCAAACAUCAAAUGGAAUGAUGUCGCUGGACUUGAGGGAGCCAAAGAAGCCUUAAAAGAAGCUGUCAUCCUGCCCAUCAAAUUUCCUCACCUGUUCACAGGAAAGCGAACCCCUUGGAGAGGAAUCCUGCUGUUUGGGCCGCCGGGAACAGGAAAAUCCUACCUGGCAAAGGCAGUGGCCACAGAAGCAAAUAACUCCACCUUCUUCUCCAUCUCCUCCUCUGACCUGGUGUCAAAGUGGCUGGGGGAAAGUGAAAAGUUGGUGAAAAACCUGUUCAAUUUGGCUCGAGAACACAAGCCGUCCAUCAUUUUCAUAGAUGAGAUUGAUUCCCUGUGUGGCUCGAGGAGCGAGAAUGAGAGCGAGGCGGCUCGCAGGAUCAAGACGGAGUUCCUCGUCCAGAUGCAGGGUGUUGGCAAUAACAAUGACGGGAUUCUGGUUCUGGGAGCAACAAAUAUACCCUGGACACUGGAUUCAGCUAUCAGGAGAAGAUUUGAAAAGCGCAUCUACAUUCCCCUUCCAGAGGAGCUUGCGCGCUCCUUUAUGUUCAAACUCCAUCUCGGCUCCACCCCAAGCAGCCUGACGGAGGCCGACUUUGUUGCUCUGGGAAGAAAGACGGACGGCUACUCUGGAGCCGACAUCAGUAUAAUUGUGAGGGACGCCCUCAUGCAGCCCGUCAGGAAGGUUCAGUCAGCCACUCACUUCAAAAAGGUCCGAGGGUCACUGUGGAGUAAUCCAGGCGCCGUUGUUGAAGACAUGCUGACGCCCUGCUCACCCUCGGAUCCCAACGCCAUUGAAAUGACCUGGGUGGACGUUCCCGGGGAGAAACUUCUGGAACCAGUUGUGUGUAUGGACGACAUGCUGAGGUCUCUGGCAAACAACAAGCCCACCGUGAAUGAGCAGGACCUGGACAAGCUGAAGAAGUUCACCGAAGACUUUGGUCAAGAAGGUUAAUGGUAGUAAGACUUCACUCAUACACCUAGGACUUCUACUGAAAGAUUUACUCUCUGCUUUUCUGUUUCUGUUUGAUUAAUGUGAAAAUCUGUAAACACAUUCCCAUAAGACGUCACUGGAGCCCAGAGUUUAUAUCUUGACUAAAACGAACCAAUUAAAAUCUACAUUUUUAAACACUUUCAUGUUUUCAUGCAGAGAAUCUCCUGUUUACAUCUAUUUUAAUGAUUUUUUUUUUAUUUCUGUUACUCAAUACAUUAUUUCAUAAUCUUUUUUAUUAAAAUCAUAAAUUAAAUAUAUAUAAAAUCUGCGAUGUAUGACUGUCACUGUUUGAAGGGAGAAAGUGUACAGAUGGUGAUGGACAAAUAGAAGCACCUUUCCAAUAUACCGCUUGUAGUCUAACGUGUCGAAAUGUCACAGUCUGCGCCUAUAAAUAUGGGUUCAUGCAAUAAUUAUUUCAAAUCCUUACAGUUGUUCAUACAAAAAAAGAAACUUUUCCUGAUCAUCUUGUUUCACUCCAGGUUGACAUUGUUUAUUUUUAUUGCGAGUUUCCCAGGGUUUAAUGGGAGUAAAAUGUAAAUGAUGUGCAAAAAUGCUUUUGGAAAUAUUUCAAAUUUUCUACUAAAGUAAACAAAAAGAUUUUUGCUGAAAUCAGUCAAAUUCUUUUUGUGAUUUAGUCACACUUUAGAAAUUAGGUCAUUUAUUAAACUUAAGUUUCCAAGUUUUUUCUCAUGGUUUAUGGAUUUCUUGGCUUUUUGUUCAAAUUCUAAUUAUUUUAGAUCAUGUCAAUUAAAAAAUUUUUAAAAGUCAUUCACACGUUUUUCUGUUUUGCUGCUUCAAAUGCACUUGAUAUGUUCUGUGAACAAAAGUCUGGGGGAUGAAUAAAGAAAACAAGAAAACAUG